AUGCCCCAGGAUGAAAAUACUGCGCAGAACUUGCAUGCACAAAUACUGAAAGAAUUCCUGUGGUAUGAUGACCUUAUUAGCAUCAUGGGGGGAAACCCUGCCUUGUCUCUUAAAAUGGUCUUGUCAUGCCUGGGCAUGGACCAUGCUGGAAAUUAUUUUUCCAUAUCAUCUAAGGUGGGUAGCUCCUAUUCUGAAACCCUGCGCUCUGGGAGCGCUCAAUUUGGCGCUCAUCCUGAGCCUGCCAGUUCUAAUCUUAAUGCUCAGUUACCCUCUGCCUUACCCUCCCCCUCUGGCGCUCAGCAUUACCCUCCCCCCUUGAGCGCUCAGCCUUACCCUCCCCCCUCGGGUGCUCAGCCUCACCCUCCCUCCUCUGCCAGUCAGCCUUACCCUCCCUCUGGUCAUCAUAGUGGUCAGCCCACCGGCAAUCAGUAUUUUGACUGUGUCCCUCAGUAUGGUAAGCAAACUGGCGUGCUCCCUGUGCACUCUCGUGAUGCUUCUGAUUCGCCUCUCGACAACAACAACAUAAACAUGCCUGAUUAUUUCAGCCCUCAUUAUGAUGAUGAGGCAAUGGAUCUUUCAUUCAGUGAUUCCGCCAAAGUCGAGACCCACUGCAUCGAAGCACCCACUUCCUCCAUCAACCCCUUCGCCCCCCAUCACUCCCCCACCAACUCAAUCUGA